AGAGAGUAUCCUCAUCCCUCGUUUGAAUUUGAAAACCCCCGGAUAAAAACCACCACCGCCGUUUUUCUGUACAUUUUUCAAUUUCUCUCUCAUCACUCCACUCUCCAUCUCAACACUCUCAAAGUUCAUAACCCAAAACUCAUUCCUUCUCUCUCCAUCACAUCACUCCUACACCCUCCGAACCAUCGCGCCAUGACAGCUGUGCCUCCGCCGGCGCCAGGCCGAGAGCUCUCUAACCCCCCCACCGACGGCAUCUCCAACCUCCGCUUCUCCAACCACAGCGAUCACCUGCUCGUCUCCUCUUGGGACAAGACCGUCCGAUUGUACGACGCCAGCGCCAAUGUGCUGCGUGGAGAGUUCAUGCACGGCGGUCCCGUACUCGAUUGCUGCUUCCACGACGAUUCCUCUGGGUUCAGCGCCGGCGCCGACAACACCGUCAGGCGGUUCGUAUUCAGCUCCAGUAAGGAAGACAUCUUAGGAAGGCACGACGCGCCAGUGCGUUGCAUCGAGUACUCUUAUGCAGCAGGGCAGUUGAUCACUGGUAGUUGGGAUAAAACAGUCAAGUGUUGGGACCCUAGAGGUGCAAGUGGACAGGAGCGAACUCUUGUUGGGUCAUACCCACAACCCGAGCGUGUUUAUUCUCUUUCACUUGUGGGAAACCGGUUAGUGGUUGCAACUGCCGGAAGACAUGUCAAUGUCUAUGAUUUGAGAAAUAUGUCCCAGCCUGAGCAACGGAGGGAGUCUUCGUUAAAGUACCAAACUCGAUGUGUACGUUGUUAUCCUAAUGGAACAGGUUAUGCUCUUAGUUCUGUUGAAGGACGGGUUGCAAUGGAAUUUUUUGAUCUUUCGGAGGCUAGUCAAACCAAAAAAUAUGCAUUUAAGUGUCAUAGAAAAUCAGAGGCUGGAAGGGACAUUGUGUACCCAGUAAAUGCAAUUGCAUUCCACCCCAUCUAUGGUACUUUCGCUACUGGAGGUUGCGAUGGCUAUGUGAACGUAUGGGAUGGGAACAACAAGAAGAGGCUGUAUCAGUACUCCAAGUACCCAACAAGCAUUGCGGCGCUUUCUUUUAGCAGAGAUGGCCGCCUGUUGGCUGUGGCAUCAAGUUACACGUAUGAAGAGGGGGAUAAACCCCACGAGCCAGAUGCCAUCUUCAUUCGAAGCGUAAAUGAGAUAGAGGUCAAGCCAAAGCCAAAAGCGUACCCUAAUCCGCCAGCGUAAAUGAAGUAUUUUGCCUUUCGUAUUAGUUACUCCGGAUAUGUUUGUUUAAUUUGACGAUGUAAGGUUCCAAAAUAUGUAAAGAGACCAUGUGUACCAGUCUUCGGCCAUCUUCCGAAACUUCUUCCGCUGUUAGAAACGAUGAUGCUUUGUAACGCACUUCUUAUGAUUUCAUCUUACAUAGAAUGCCUCAUUCCAAUC